AUGGCUAUGCUCAAGUCACUCCUCCUCGCCGCUACGGCACUCAUCAACGUCGCUGUUGCUAGCACCGCCUUCUCCUCAGGAGCCGCUCCUGCAGUCACGUCGAUCCACCUCGUCACCUCUGUCACCUUCAUCUCCGGCGUGCCGGACGCGCACAGCAAGACGUGCGACACGACGACAGUGACUCAAGUUGCGCCUCCUACCACGGUAACUGUGACUGCAAUCCCUAGCACAACUGCUCACUCUUCUGCUGCUACUUCUGGUCUCGACAAGACUGUCCAAGUCUCCUUCAUCCCGGUUAAAUCGACUACUGUUUCGACUGCUACCUUGCACGAGACCAAGACCGCCACCUCCACGACUAAGCCGCCUUACAACGUCCCUGUCAACUCGACGGUUCCAGUGGCUGCGCCUACUCUUACCUUCUCACACUCGCAUCACGCCAACUCCAGUACUGUGUUCCCAACGGGAACCGGUGCAUCACCCAGUGCUUCUUACUCUCCUCCUUAUACCUCGCCUGAGUUCAACGCUGCUACGGGUGCUAAGAACAUGGCUGGUACUGUGCUUGUUGGAAGUGUUGUCUUGGCGCUUUUGGGGGCUUAG